UAAAGGCGGUUUUACACAGCGGGAAAUGUCUGUAUCACGGAGGCAUGUAUAAAGGCGGUUUUACACAGCGGGAAAUGUCUGUAUCACGGAGGCAUGUAUAAAGCCGGCUUUACAUAGCUUAGAAAUGUCUGUAUCACGGAGGCAUGUAUAAAGCCGGCUUUACAUAGCGGGAAAUGUCUGUAUCACGGAGGUAUGUAUAAAGCCGGCUUUACAUAGCUUAGAAAUGUCUGUAUCACGGAGGCAUGUAUAAAGCCGGCUUUACAUAGCGGGAAAUGUCUGUAUCACGGAGGUAUGUAUAAAGCCGGCUUUACAUAGCUUAGAAAUGUCUGUAUCACGGAGGUAUGUAUAAAGCCGGCUUUACAUAGCGGGAAAUGUCUGUAUCACGGAGGCAUGUAUAAAGCCGGCUUUACAUAGCGGGAAAUGUCUGUAUCACGGAGGUAUGUAUAAAGCCGGCUUUACAUAGCUUAGAAAUGUCUGUAUCACGGAGGCAUGUAUAAAGCCGGCUUUACAUAGCGGGAAAUGUCUGUAUCACGGAGGUAUGUAUAAAGCCGGCUUUACAUAGCUUAGAAAUGUCUGUAUCACUGUGCGGUAUUUACAGAUUGGUCUAUUGAGUCCCGUGCAAAGUAACGAAGAUUUUAAGGCCUAAGAUAAGCUAAAAACUCUGGCAAUUUUACAGUUCUGCGACCUUUCCCCCACAUUUACCGAGGGUGUGACGCCAGCGUGACAAGGAGCAGAUUAAUUUUGGUCUGAGAAGGGACUAACGAAGUUGCUAAAUUCAUGAGGUGAAGUUAUUCUUGAAGUGAAGUUGUUCUUACUGAAGUUGUUCUUGAAGUGAAUUCAAGUCUGUGGUUUGGGUGACAGAGGAAGAGUGCCACCCGACAUAAGUCAAUUCCAGUCCGAGAAGAGAACUUAGGAAUAAGUCUUCCUGUUGAUCUUGCUUACCAUCCUAUCUUAAAGCCCGUCCCCGACUUACAGAGCUGCUGAUUUGUAAGAAAACUUCUGUUUAUUUACGGAUCAUAAUGACCCCCCCCCCCCCAUCGCCUAGUGAAAAAUAGAUUUGAUAUAUGUUAUUGAGAUGCUGUGGAAAGUCUUGAGACAAGUUGCUCACCCGUAAGCGCGAGUGCACCUGACAGCCAGCGGCACAGAACCCACAGCAGCACCAGCGAGGCCAUGUUGGGGCACAGGUUCCCGAUUCUGCUGCAAGUUGUCUGGCUUCUGUUUUACAGCUAACCGCACCGCCACUAAUGAAGACUGCAAUGUUCAGUUCCGUCGUGCAGAAUAGACUAUAGCGUGCACAGCCGAAUGUUGUCAUUAACUGGCUAUAAUAGUAACCUCCAUAGCAGGCUCCAUAGUGGCGUUUUACAGUUGCUGAUAAAGCGCGUUCUGAUGAUUGGCGAUUGGAUUUCACAGGUGGGUUUAGCCGAGACUAGGUGGGCGGAAUUCUCAUUGCAGAUUCAGGUAUCACGUGGUCACCGCAGGGUGUCUGUGCCAUCAAAUAUUCGUUGUUGUUUUUUCUGGUAAAAAAGUGUUCAAGGCCUCGUAUUUGUGUGACGGCUUGGCCAGCUAAACUAUAAAAAUUCCAGCAGCAUCCCCAAACCCAAAAUGUAAAACCAGACAUUACCUCUGGGAACUGGACAACCCGAAACCCACCUGGUGCAAAAAAUAACCAUUCCCAAAAUAUCCCGUGCAAAAAUGGACCAUUCCAGAGCUACCCGUGCCCCAAUCCAUCUGCAUGUUUGAACCUUAAUUCAUGAGAAGCUCAAAUCGGCCUGCAGGCCGCUUUUCAUGUCACCGUUGGAAUCAGUAUUAAAUGAAAAGGAAUGGGGGUGUCCGCUUUCAUGACUUCCUGGAAACCUUCAUGACUUCCUGGAAACUUUGCGCACUAAUCAGCUGGGACAGGCAUGAAACUGUCAACAACUCUGAUGACCUAUAACCCCGAUAACAUGUUGAAGAUAACCAAUGGCAGUCGUACACGUCACAUGACGCAUCUACCCAUCUGCCGCGCUGAUUCAGUCGAACGAUUUCGGUGGUAGAACUUUCAUCCACGCUUUGCCAGAACUCGGCUUGACAAGUAUUUGCGGCAAGAGUUUCAACUAUGAGGAUGCUAUAGAUUGAGCCACAGGGACAUUUUUAUGGGGAAUAGAGCUGGUCAGACAUUUACUCACGGGGUUGUUGCACAGAGUAUUCACGAAAUGGCGAAGUAAAAUUAGUACUAAACUGAUUGAUGCGUUAAGAUUGUAUUUUCCUUGACCUUUGAUAGAGAUAGACCAAGCUCCGCCCCCUCGUAGAUUUAGGCUUGUCCUGUCUUGUGCACGCACACCUGUUCAGGCGAUUCGGUACCAGUCAGUUCUCGAGGAAUCUAAGCUGCGCCCCUCGUAAACCAAGGCGUGCCCUGCCCUGUACACGCAGCCCAACACUGUGCCAGGUACAUGUAGGUCCGGUGCACCGGAUAACAGCAACGUUUCCUCCCGAAAAGUCGAUCAUGGCGGUCGGCUUGCUUCUGUUCGUCUGCCUGCUGUCCAUCGACCAUGCCUCUUCUCAGGUUGCCGGCACGGGUGAAGGGUGUUCCUGUGUGAGUGACGGACGAUGUAUCACAUCGGAGUGGGAAUGUGACGGGUGGGAUGAUUGCGAAGACGGUUCCGACGAGCAGGACUGCUGGAGCGUAGAGUGCCCCUACUCCGACGACUUCAGGUGUGUGAGUAGUGGAGCCUGUAUUGAUCCAAAUUGGCGAUGUGAUGGGCAGGAGGAUUGCGAAGACGGUUCAGAUGAGCUCUGCUCGGGCGAAGACUGCCCCUACUCCGACGACUUCAAGUGUGCUAGUAGUGGAAGGUGCAUCAAUGGAGACUGGCAAUGUGACGGGUAUGAAGAUUGCGAAGACGGCUCAGACGAAAAUGACUGCUUGAGUAUAGAGUGUGCCGAAAGGACGUGUAACAGUAGUGACGCCUGUUUCACUAUGUGGGAGCAAUGUGACGGCGUUGAUAACUGCCCAGACGGCACAGAUGAGGAGGACUGCUGGAGUAUGGAGUGUUACCAGUUCAGGUGUAACAGCAGCGGAGCCUGUGUCAGUCGUAGCCGACAAUGUGACAGUGCUCAGGAUUGUCCCGAUGGCUCGGACGAGGCUGACUGCUGGGACAGAAUCCAAGAGUGCCCAUAUAACCACAAUAUGCGAUGUGUGAGCAGCGGAGCGUGUAUUUGGUGGUGGAAGGAAUGUGACGGCGUUGACGAUUGUCCGGACGGCUCUGACGAGGCGGGCUGCAAGAGCGACAACUGUUCCCGUUCCGGCUAUAUUAGGUGUGAGAGUAGUAGAGAAUGCGUCACUGCAUCGCGUCAAUGUGACGGGUAUGAAGACUGUGACGACGGAUCCGAUGAGAAAGACUGUUGGAGCCAAGAGUGCCCUGGGCCCGACGAUUUCAGAUGUGAAAGUAGCGGAGCCUGUAUUCCUGUACAGUGGCUAUGUAACGAUAAUGAAGCCUGUCCAGACGGUUCAGAUGAGAAGUAUUGCAUAGCCGACACCUGUCCCCUGCCCAGUGUCUUCUGUGCACCUGAUGGUCCCUGCCUCCCGGACACGAGGCGCUGCGAUGGGGUCGGGGACUGUCCCGACGGGUCGGAUGAAAGUGGCUGCGUUUGCACCAGUGUGGAGUUCCAGUGUGUAAAUAGCAGCGGAUGUGUGGCGACAUCGGGAGUGUGCGACGGAGUCCCCGACUGUGACGACGCGUCGGACGAGCUGGAGUGUCAGUCGUGUGCGGAGAAGGGCCAGUGGCAGUGUAAUAAUGGUGAGUGCAUCAGUAACGCCUCGGUGUGUGACGGGGACAAGGACUGUGCUUCUGGGGAGGACGAAGAGAGCUGCCACGUCCCGUGCAGCGGUCUGCAGUUGGAGUGUGACGGGAGAUGCCUGCCGAAGUACCGCGCCUGUGACGGGCUGGGGGACUGCUCGGACGGGCAGGAUGAGAUCAACUGUACAGCCGGAGGUUGCGGUGCUCGGCAGUUCCCCUGCGCGGACGGUACCUGCCUGUUGGAGUCUCAGCUGUGUGACAACCGGACGGACUGCAGUGGAGGGGAGGAUGAGGACGACUGUGGAGACGUCCCACCUCCUGGGUUCUCGCUUGGUUUGACGACUCGGUACAUUCCGGAUGUGUUCGUCACCGCCAGUUCCGAGUACAAGCCUGAGUUCGCCGCCUCCCGGGCUCGGCACACGCCUUCGACUACACCGGGGUACUGCUGGGUACCGAGUUCUGUGGUGGACCAAUGGAUUCAGGUUUACUUCGGCAAGACGACUGACGUCACCGGUGUCGUCAUCAGUGGAGGCGGCGCGAACUGGGACCUGGGCAGCUGGGUGACGUCAUUCACUCUGCAUCUGGCCUUCAGCAUGGACGGCACUUCCUGGGUACCGUACGGAGGCAGCAGCAACAGCGUGCAGGUGUUCCAAGGAAACCGAGACCGGUACAACAAAGUGAGCCGCCCUCUCCCAACCCCUGUGACGUCACGCUACAUCCGUCUGUACCCAGCAGGCUACGCUGGCUGGGUUGCCAUGGUGAUGGAAGUGUACGUCACAAACGACGAAAACACGUGGCUGAAGCAAGACGAGUACGUCCCACUGGGAGUCGGACUGGAUCCCGACGAUCCCGACGCGGUUCCGAAGAUUCCCGACCUCCACAUGACCGCUUCGUCGCGGGAGGCGGGGGAGUUCUACCCGUGGCUGGCCCGCCUGAACAACGGGAGGGGACGGCAGCUGGGGGCCUGCUGGUCUCCAUGGAAGUACGACGUACACCGUUAUAACCGGUGGCUACAGAUCAGGCACGACAAAGUGUACAAAGUCGCCGGGGUCAUCACCCAGGGGGCUUACAACGCCGACCACUGGGUAACGGACUACAAGCUGGCCUUCUCUUUGGAUGGUCAAAAAUGGACAACGUACACAGACGACAUCGGGGGAGAAGUGUUGUUCCAAGGAAACGUUGACGACCAUCGCUAUGCGCGGAACCUGUUGCCGACCCCGGUGUUUGCCCUCUACACCCGCUUCUACCCGGACGUGUUCUUCAGUCCGCGCACCUUUCACGGGCAGGUUGCACUGAAGGUCGAGAUACUCGUCAUAGACGGGUCCGGGUGUGCAGCGCACGAGAUCCCCUGUGGCGAGGUAUGUCGGCCAAGGCAAACUUUCUGUCGGGCUUUUGCUGGAUGUGUGCCUCAACGCUAUAACGAUGGAGAAGACAUCUACUGUGAGGAGGUGCUGCAAGCAGAGUGUGGGCUGGAGUCGGCCCCCAGGGUGGAAGAUCUCGGAUGUUUGGAAAUCGACAGUCAGUUCCUUCCGUGCGGAGAUGACGUCACUGCCGGAAAUGACGUGUUCCACGACAGACAGGCUUGUGAUGGGACAGAAGACUGCUCCAAUGGGAAGGACGAGGACAACUGUGACGUUUGCGCGAUGGAGUGCCCGACCGUCGAGGGGGACGCGUGCGUGCCUGGCCACUGGAUCUGUGACGGGAUAGAGGACUGUGCGGACGGGAAGGACGAACAAGCGUGUGUGCACGGUGUGCCCAAGCACUGCUUCUUCACCUGCCGUCACAACGUCACCUGUCUGCCGUCACGUCAGCUGGGGGACGGACGUCAGGACUGCGCUGACGGGGAGGACGAGAGGCCCGGUGACGUUGAGGAGGCUCUGAGACGUGAGUGGGGUUCCUGCAGCUACAGCUGUCCGUCGUUCUACGGUAACGCGUCAUGCGUCCCUGACGCGUUCUGGUGUGACGGUGACGCGGACUGUUUGGGGGAGCAGGACGAGCAGAGCUGUGUACUCGCCGCACCUGUGGAAGAUGAUGGAGAGACAGGUGACGGGGGUUCUACAGGUGGUCAGGAGGUGACCAUGGGUCCUACAGGUCGUCACGAAGCGACCGCUGGGCCCACAGGUGGCCAAGAUGCGACCGAGGGUCCUUCAGGUGGCCAAGAUGCGACCGAGGGUCCUACAGGUGGUCACGAAGCGACCGAGGGCCCCACAGGUGGCCAAGGAGCACAGGAAGGGACGACCGCCGAACCCACAAGUGGUCAAGGGUCAUUCGAAGACAAAACAGUUGGAGAGUUCCAUGCUCGGAGCCGUGGGGCCCAGAACCAGGCUGUGGUUUGGAUGACAGCCGCUGCGCUCGGCGGGCAGAUUCUCUAUCGCCUGGCUUUCUAGUCUAGUCAUGGUCUCGACAAUGCGACACGAUCGUGGUUAAUUUAUUAUUUAAAAUUAAAGACUCAUAUUGUGGGAUUUUUAUGAGAAACGUUUUUUUUUUCAUGUUCCAUUUCGAACACCUUCUUAAACACGUUUGCCAUUUUCAUCGUCGUUUUAUCACCUUUCAAGUGUUUAUCUACGGCCAAUAUAUGGCCGGUUCAUCAUAUGCUUAAGGUUUUAUAGAGAACUUUAUUGCACGACAAUUGUACAUGAUACAAUGUAUGGCAAACAACUACCAGUAUUACUCAAGUACAAAAUAGAGGUAUAGGAUCAGGUAUGAGGUGAUGAAAAUCGGUGAAAACAACAUGUUUUAGCUUCUUUUCAUGGAUACCACCUGAAAGAUGAGAAGUGGAAUUUUAAGAUUGAUUUU